CAAAGCUCUAGCACUGACGAUCAAAAAAUAAAGAUGGUCCUCCUCGCAGCAAACGGUUUCCUGAACAACCCCUUCACCACCAAGUCGGACGUCGAAGCGGGCCUGGUCUCCCUCCUCGAUCCUCUUGCUCCUCACACUUCCCCUGGAGGAGCUUUGAUCACAUUAGGCUCGUCGGGGACGCAUUACGACCUCCGAGCAUGUCAACUCGAAGCCUUCUCCCGUCCCCUCUGGGGUCUCGUCUCACUCAUCGCCGGAGGCGGGAAAUACUCGAGGACUUCCACUUGGUCUCGAGGUUUGGCCUCCGGUACAGACCCCAAAAGCCCAGAGUACUGGGGAGAGAGCAAGGGGAAGGAUCAGAGGAUGGUGGAGAUGAGCGCGAUUGGUUAUGCUUUGAGUUUGGGCGGCAAGGAGUUUCUCGAGCCCUUGAACGAGGGGGAGAGGGAGAAUGUUGCUGCUUGGUUGGGAGCUAUCAAUGAUAAACAGAUGCCCGACACCAACUGGCUCUGGUUCCGAGUAUUCGCCAACCUAGCCCUCCGCCAGAUAUCCCCGGAAAAGCAUUACAAUCCCUCCCGCCUUCAAGCCGAUCUGGAUCACCUGGAUACGUUCCAGCUUAGGGGUGAGGAGAGCGGGUGGAGCAGGGACGGACCGGAGGGUGUCAGGCAGUUGGAUUAUUAUUCGGGAAGUUUCGCUAUACAGUUUGCGCAGAUGGUUUAUUCUAGGAUCGCCAACGACACAGACGCCGAACGAUGUGCCAACUACCGCCGUCGAGCUCUCCGCUACGUCCUGGACUUUAUCUACUACUUCGACCCUUCGGGUCGCUGCAUCCCCUUUGGCAGGUCGAUGAUCUACCGGUUCGCCGUCAUCUCCACCUUGUCCGUCUUGCCGUUCGCAUUUCCCUGCGACGGUAGUGGUUCGGACAAAGGCGACUUGCCUGCAAAUUUCCCAUUGAAGUGGGGGCAUGUCAAGGGGAUGGUACUCAGGCAUUUGAGGUGGUGGAGCAAGCAAGAGGAUAUUUUCAAGAGCGAUGGGACGUUGAACAUCGGGUAUUGUUAUGAGAACAUGACGAUGACCGAGAAUUACAAUGGGUUCGGCUCGCCUUACUGGUGCACCAAGGCAUUCGCCUGUCUCUCUGUCCCAGAGACCCAUCCCUUCUGGACCUCCGAUGAACUCGACUGGCCUGAAGACCUCUUCCCAUCCGUCCAACCCCUCGAAGACCCUUUACACAUCAUGGUCCGUGUCCCUCCCUCCUCGCCUAAACUCGCUACGCACACCUACCUACUCUCUUCCGGCCAAGCCUGUCAUUACGCCUUGAAAGCCGCCGAGAGCAAGUACGGCAGGUUCUCCUACUCGUCCGCGUUUGGGUAUUCCUGCCCGACGGGAGCGUUCGGAUUGGAGCAGCAAGCGGCGGAUUCAAUGUUGGCGCUGUGUGACGAUCCCGAGGACGAAGGGUUUGGACAGGGAGAAAGAUGGCGAGUCAGGAGGGUCGCUGGAGGUGCCGAGCUUGUCAAGCACGGCGAGGGGCAAGGACAAGUUCACCUGCACUCGACCUGGCGUCCUUGGCCUGAUGUCGAGGUCGAGACAUGGUUGUUCCCACCUACCGAUGAAGCUCCUUGUUGGUACCUACGAGUUCAUCGGAUCAAGACCGCACGUCGACUUCGAUCGUCGGAAGGGAGCUGGCCGAUCUAUGGACAAGGGCCGGAUGGGCGCGCCCUUGUUCAAGUGUUCAGUGGGGAGAGGAGCGAGGGCGGGCUGGAAGAGGCUGGGGUAGUCCGAGCAGAGACGUCGGCCGGGAUCAGUGGGGCGGCCGAGCUGCCCUUGACCGGUGACUCGAAGCCUGAAAGCAGCCGGUACGGUCAGAUCAUACAGGCAGACGCCAACUCGAACCUAGUCUUCUCUAGAAGCGUGUUGCCAUCGCUGCGAGGCUCGCUCGAGGCAGGCUCCGAGACGUGGUUCGCAACGGGCAUCUUUGGGUUACCAGUCAAGGUCGGCGAGGACAAGGUACACGAUGCGUGGAAGGCGGAAUGGGAGAAGCGUCCGAUCGUUCCUGACUUUAUUGCGAAGCGUGUAUGAGCGAGAU